AUGUGGAGUUGUCGACGAGCGGCCAUCGCGACUAUAAGCUUUGUGAUACUAUUCUGCACUGUUAUAUAUUGCAACCAAGUCAUAUUUCAUUGGUCAAUUCUGAGAAGUGAUUCAGCAAGAGCUUUCUUAUUAGCGCACGAUCUCUGGAUGCGUCGUCCGUUUACUCGGUACAAUUUGAUUGUUGAACAGGAAGGCUACUCCGUGAAGCAAUGUCGUCAAGAAUUCGAAGUAUUCAAUGAAAAAAUCGUUGCUGUAACUGAAAACACAUGUGUGAACAACACGUGGUAUGAGAGGGCACCCAUGAUGCAUGUGUCCGAUAUGUUUGCAGAUAUCGAAGCAUUUAACCUGCACGAAAAAUGUGGUCCGAAUGGGUGUGACUGCGAUGGACGUUACGCUAUACGAGCUGUGUAUGACAAAAAAUUCGGCUACCCUCGAAGUUUAGUGUACGGUUUUGAACCAUAUGAUUCCAUAGAUUGGCUUUCAGUAUUCUCAACAGGGAUGGUAUGUACCUUGAUAGGAACUAUACACAAACCGUCGAUGAAUAUUACUCUUAAGCCUCUUGAAUCUGCGUGA